ACAUACCAAGCACAAAGUGGUAGAUGAGAUUUACAAACGAGGACCACCUGGCGGUUCAUAAACACAAGCAUGAGAUGACAUUGAAAUUUGGUCCUUCUAGAACCGAUUCAGUCAUCAUAGCAGAUCAGACUCCGACUCCAACCCGUUUUUUGAAGAACUGUGAGGAGGUGGGGCUCUUCAAUGAAUUGGCCAGUUCCUUUGAGCACGAGUUUAAGAAAGCCACAGAGGAUGAUGAGAAAAAGAAUGCUGGACCUCUGGACAUGUCUCUGCCCUCAACCCCAGACAUCAAAAUAAAAGAGGAGGAGCCAGUUGAGGUGGAUUCUUCCCCUCCAGACAGUCCUGUAUCCAGUCCGCAAUCCCCACAGAUCAAAGAGAAGGAGAUCACUUCAAAGCCGGUUAUAAUUUCUACUCCUACUCCAACCAUCAUGCGUCCAGGGUCACUGCCACUACAUUUGGGAUAUGAUCCGCUACAUCCCACUCUCCCCUCCCCGACCUCUGUCAUCACCCAGGCUCCACCUUCCAACAGACAGCUUGGGUCUCCCACGGGCUCCCUCCCACUUGUCAUGCACCUUGCGAACGGACAGACCAUGCCUGUCCUCCCUGGCCCUCCUGUACAGAUGCCUUCUGUUAUAUCGCUGGCUAGGCCAGUGUCCAUGGUGCCCAACAUUCCUGGUAUUCCUGGUCCACCGAUCAACAGCAGUGGUUCCAUUUCACCAUCAGGCCUUCCAAUGCACUCUGAGGCUAAAAUGAGACUGAAGGCCAGCCUGACGCACCAGGUUUCUUCCUCACUGAAUGGCAGCAGCAUGGUUGUGGGGUCAGCAAGCACAAUGGUGACCUCACGUCCAGAGCAGGGUCAGAUACUUCUCCAGCACCCAGAUGCACCUUCUCCAGCUCAGCCACAGGUUUCCCCUGCUCAGCCCACACCUAGCACAGGUGGCCGGCGGAGACGCACGAUGGAUGAAGACCCGGAUGAGCGCAGGCAGCGUUUCCUGGAGCGGAACCGUGCUGCAGCCUCUCGUUGCCGUCAGAAACGCAAGCUGUGGGUGUCUUCCCUGGAAAAGAAAGCAGAGGAGCUCACGACACAGAACAUCCAGCUGAGUAAUGAAGUUACACUACUGAGGAAUGAAGUUGCUCAACUUAAACAGCUACUGUUGGCUCACAAGGACUGCCCAGUCACUGCACUACAGAAAAAAACACAGGGGUAUCUUGAAAGCCCAAAGGAGAGCUCUGAGCCUACCGGUUCCCCUGCUCCUGUCAUCCAGCACAGCUCCGUGACAGCAUCCCCCAACGAGCUCAACGUCCGCUCUGCAGCUGAAGCUGUUGCCACUUCGGUCCUCACUCAGAUGGCAAGCCAAAGGACAGAACUGAGCAUGCCCGUACAGUGGCACGUCAUUAUGGCUCCACAGUCUCAGUCUGCUGGCAGAUGAUGUCACAAACCAGGUGACAAAGAACGAACCCAUAAGAACUUGCAGACCGAGAGACUGAUCAUAGCUAAGCCCCUGCUUAAUGGGGGCAGAUAUGGAUUUUUUUUUUAAGUGAGUUAAGGGCAGCUAUGGAAGCUUCUUUAUACUGCAUAUCCUAUACAGAUCCUGGCCCAAAACCAUUGUCGUGAUCAUCUGUCCGUACAGGAUGGCUUCAGAUUGAGGGAUUUCUUGAUCCCUUAGUGAUGGUCAAUCAACUUGCAAAAUCAUCAGAACACAAAGAGCCUCAUUUGAAUGCAUCUUGAAAAGUUCAUUUUCAGGUAUCAGUUACGUUAACACUAAACCUCCCCUGGCUUGUGGUUUCUCUUGGCAUUAUUGCUAUUUUGAGUUUCACCUGUUAGCAGAGGAAAGUAGCUGUUGGGAGGCUGUGACAUUUACUGGUGCUGUCACUUUAUUUUUAACAGCUUGCUGCUUCCAAUCAUCUGUUUCCCCAUCACUGCUCUAGCUGACCUGAAAUGUUGCACCUUGGCACAAGAAUACUGGCCGAGUUUUCCUCUCGGGCUAUUGAGAUUCAAAAGGCUGAGGAUAAUGGGCUUCUUAACUCCAUGGGAUUAACUUCCCCGACACCAAAGCUUUCUGGUUCUGAAGCAAGCCUGGCACCUCUAAUUCACAUGCAAUUAACCAUCAUUAACCGCUGUAACUUGUGGGGUUUUUAAGUAUGUGUUCACAGUCACUGGCGCAGCAGUAGGAACUGUGAACAUUUCAUGUGUUUCUCUCUUAAUUGACGCCAUAGCUGCUAAUGAUGCAGGAACCUUCUUCAGAAAAAGCCCUGCUUAUAAAUCUUCCAUACAACAGAAAAGCAGCACCAACCUGCAGGCUGCCAGGACUGCAUGCAAAGCUGCUCUGUGUGAUACAGGAAAGGAUGAGCUGGGGCAGAUGGAUAUAAUGUGAGUCCUGGAAUUAAUCGGCUGCAAAAUCCACCACCCAUCUCAACAAGUCACGAAUUUAACAAACAAACCCCACACGUCAAAGGAUUGUCUCCCAUACAUUUAACCUGAUGACAUUAUAAAGUGGUGGCCUUGAACGAAGGGAGGUGGACGCAUAUCCCGCUUGCCGGGCCUUUUACCUCUUUUAAUGGUUUUCUUCUGCUCCUGGUAGUGGUAUAUCUAUUGCUUUUCCUCAAGAGCAAAUGUAGUAGUUUUAGAGCUUCCAGGUUCAUGGGGUAGAUUUAAAACCAGCUGUGACAUUUUUAAGGCACUUGGAAUUGUCUGCUUAUUGCCAAAGUGUGUGUGUGUGUGUGCGUGUACUUUCUUUAGGUUGUCAUUGACCUUUUGCUUGCUGGGUAGUAGUUGUAGAUUUGAAUUUGUAUUUUGGGAGCCAGAAAGGGGUGCUGUGUGAAUUUGUGCUACAGCAAACCUAUCAGUCGGUGAAACUCUCAGCACUUCAUCGUUCUUUCCGUCUUUCAAGAUGCUUUUCCUUCAGUUGAGCUCUUCAACGUCUUCACCCUGAGCUUCCAGACCACCUCAAAUCGCACUUGCCACUUUGGACCUGAGUUAGUUUGGCUGAGUCAGUAGUUUGGCUUAUCUAGACUUGGAAUAUUUGCCAGGGACAGCAAUACCCAAAGCAAAAUCUGAGCAUGUAGAAUUUGAUCCACCCAUCCCCAGAUACAGGGAAAUUCCGUUUUAUUUCUUUUUUAAUUAGGGGUCUCUUCUCCCCUUUUUCUCCCUCAGGUUUCUCCAGGCCUCUCUGCCAUAUUCUCUAAUGUAUUUAAUGGUCCUAGUUGUCUCUUAAUACACUGCCACCAUGUGUUUGUCUCACUCUGUCGCACACACUCUCACACACAAUCAUUCCUGAGAUUUUGUGUUUCUUUGCCCUCUCAAGACUCUGGAGCUAGCAGCUCUUGCAUCUCUGUUUAGAACCUGUGUGUAGUUACUGCAAGAGGCAUUCCAGAUCAGGCACUUCAUUUUUUUCCCUUAAAGCUGUUAUAUAUAGAGAAUUUUUGUAUAGGAAAGUGCUUUGAGUAUAACUGUCCCAACAGGGUGUCUGUUUCCUUGAUGACAAAGCUAUACCAUCAGCAGGGUUUUCAGGAUGUUGUGAGGAUAAUGCAACCGAGGAAAUGGUUUAUAAAGCCUAACGGCCUGAUUGGACAAGACCUGGGGCCUUUAUUUGGCUAAGAAUCCAAGACAGAAAGGGCUCAUGGCCAUGUUGUCAGAGGUCUAAUACGACAGCAGGGAAUCUGUUUGUAACUAUGACUAGUUUAGUCUCUUGCAGACACUUCACUGUCUUGUAAGGAAUAGAGUGCAUAGCUCUGACAGAUUCAUUAGAAUAGCUGGAUUCAUAUGUGUAGUUCAAGAGGCCCAAACAGCAUUUACAUGAUACCUGAUCAUACUCCACUUCCAGCAUGUAGGCUAACAUUGGUGUCUCAAAGCUAGUGGAUGUUUAACAAGAGGUAAGGGAAGCCCAUUUUAACACCAGCACCAGUGCAUGUUGAGACAGCACCACUGGGUAAAUACUGCCUAUCGAUAGCCUUACCACAUGCAGAAAGCAGCCUUCAAAUACCCUUCAGUUGUUAAGAGGCUGGCAGCUCAAGGAUAGAGCUGCACAAUAGACUGUACAAGGGGAUGGGGUGGUAAGUACAGCUUGAAUUGGACAGGUGUGAAAGGCUUUAACUGAAAGUGAAUUUGCUUUGGUGCUUACAAACCGUAUUAAUUUCCAUGGAGACUUGUACAAGGGACCAUUUUUUGGUCCGUGGAAAGCAACACGCAUGUGCACAUAUGUGUUUGCACAGGUGUCUUGGAAUUGUUUCUUUCCUGCUGCUCAAACUUAGUCGGAACUGAAACAAUACCAUGUGACUUAGGUGACCAGUCACGUUUCAAACAGGAAGUAAUCAAAGGCAUAGUAGAAUGGAAUAGCUUCCCAGCACCGCAUAAGUUGGAGUGGAUUUGUGUAACGAGUUUGAAAGCUUCAGAUUGCAAACAGACUUGUAAAAAUCAGACCAUUGAGCGAAAACGGACAAUGUUUCUUUAACGGAUUCUGUUCUAAAUAGAUCACUGCUACAGCCACGACUAAGGGUCUGUCUGCCCAGUAGAAACCGCACAUGGGCUAGCUGAAUCCAGCUAUUCAAGACAGCAAGCCGGUUAUGUACCCAGGGUCCAUGCUGGGCUUGUGCUCCUCUGAGCUGCAGCUCGUACCAUGUUGUGUUCACUGCUAUGUUACCCGUGCUAGCUGGAUUAAAGCUAGCUCAGGUAGACUAGCCCGUGCACGGCUUUUGCUGUGUAGACAGAUCCUAAAUUGCUGAUUCUUUUCUUCCCAGCACCUGACUUUGUAAUGGGAGGGGCUUAAGAGGUUCAGAAAACAGGAAGAUGCUUGAAGUGGAAAAAUGCAACAAGUGUCAGUGUAAUGGACUCUGGUCCCUGCACGCUACUGGCCCCUUGUGGUCAGUUGUGGUGUUGUAAGAUCCUCCAUCUUAAUUCCUCCUUCCUCGGACUUCCUCCCGUAAGUUCAAAACAGGCUUUGUAUUGCAAAACAGCCCUUUUUUCAACAGAAAAUCCCCCAAAUAAGGAAAACACCUCAGGCCUCUGGUCCCAUUCUUGUUCCUUCUUAAAAGGACCAGUCAUCAAGACACACAACCCUGUCAAGGGUAUUUCCCACAUGCCUCGGUCUCUGACAGUCUGAACUGUGGGGUUGCUUCUCCCUGGGGUCUGGAGGCAGACCAAGGGAUUUGGCCGCAUUCAGGUAGCUAUGGGUAAUGGGUGAUUUUGCUGUAGAUUCUGACUCAGGGGGUUUGAGUGAGCAGGAGAAGGCAGAAGAAUUAUAGGUACUAUAGUCUUUAGUCACUACAGCUGUAACUACAGCAACCAUUGUAUUCGUUACCAAAAUGAUGUUUAACCGAUUGAGAGGUGUAUGAACUUGUUCCCUGGGACAGUACAGCAUUAGUGUAAAAUCUGGCUGCUUUUUUCUCUCCUUACUUAUCCACUGGGGAUCAAAAAUUCACAAGUCUGUGAUCUGGGGGUUGCUACCGGGUCCUGCCAGAAAACUACGGCUGGCCAGACAGAGCAGUGACUAUCGGGGGCUGAGACCUCAUGCCCUACUGGGUGCUAGAAACAUACAGUGUACCCACGGAAUAUUUCCUGCCCUGACAAAUCACCAGAUAUCAGACCUUAAAAUCUUGUCCUUCUGAUUACCAUCUUGUGCCUCACCCACUUCAGUUCUGACAUGGUUUGUGUGUAUGCUCUGCUGAACGUACAGAGCUAUAAACUAAUGCUUUCUACCAUCUGGAAGCAGCCGGGAAUUCCAUCUUUCAGAUGGUGUGUAAAGCAUUAAUCUUUAUGGGGGUUCAUGAGCAGCUACUAAACAUCCAGCCAGAAUUGGAAGUUUAGAGGAGGGGAAAGCAAGAUGAUGAUUUGUGUGACAUGAUUUUAAAUGUACACUGUCAAGUUAAAUCACACUUCAGUCUGACAGUUUUUACCUCUUUAUAGGCGAUGCCUAAGAUUGCUAGCAGUUGGAGAUAAAAAAUAAUUGUUUGUAAACUCCCCCCCCCCCGUUUAUUUACUCUGCAUAUUUAGCAAUAUCUUAGUUGGGUUUCAGUAUUUCUCUUCUGUCACUUAGUCAGUUCCCCUGUAUGUUUGAGUCAUUAGUGUGUUAAAGGGAGAAACAUCUUGGAAAAAUAGGAAAAUGUGCCUGUAAAACUGCAAAAGUUGGCGAGAGUGCUCAGGAGACAUGUAGACCAGAAACUGCUUUUAAUGGUAAUUGACUAGAUUUCAAACUGUUUCCCCUUGAAGUGUGUUUCACUGAACGUGUAAAAACAGUGUUCAGUGUUUAAAAUAUCUGUAUGUAUUUAAAUAGAAAACUCGGUAGUUUCACAGAAGAGGUGGAAGUGAGUUUAAUCUCCGGCUGUUUUUCUGUCUCCCAGCAGAGUCUGAGCAUGUCUGAGUCCCAGGUUGCUGAAGACAGUUUCUCUUUCUGUGUUCAAAAUAGGCACAUGGGCAUGAAACUUCCUCCAGCUUCCUUCAUGGGGCCUGGGGAGCUCCUUGGUAAUGACCUUAGCACUCAGAUGUCCUCUCUGAUUUCCCUGGGUGAAGGAAAUGCAACGAGACAAAAUUCUAACUUUGGCACUUUUGAGAUGUUCUACAGAACAAACUCAAGAUAGCAAAUGUAUUGAAAAUAACUUCAGUCCUUUAGGUAACACCUGGAUUUCUAGGUCCAAAAUCUUAGAACCUGCUACUUCUGGAAAUACUGGCAGGAGCAGUACAGAUGCUGUCAAGACCAGUAACUCCAUCCUCCAUCUCCCUCAGCACGGUUCCUGGAUCAGUGAUCAGAAUAAAACAUAUUCUGUUCCUACUCAGUGUCCAUUUCAGCUAAGGCUUGCCACUGAAUGAAUGUAUUGCUAGAGCAGCUCCAGAUUUGGUGGUUCCCCACAACUACAUACCCAGCUUAAUAGUAUACAAGACAGCUUAGCUUUCACUGACAAGCAGAUCUUUGCCUGGCCUUAUUAAAGGACAGAUUUAGAAGAAGUAAACAGGAGUUUCAGAUGUGUAAAUGUCGGAGAUCCCCUUCAUUAUGGGGCAUACACCAGCCUGGUACUACCUUGUGAAAAGCAAACAUGGCUAUGCAAAAUCUUUUAAAUAGGUUAAAGGUUUUUUUUGAAAGUAUUUCAUUUUAAUCUCCCCAAUCCUGAUUUUAAUAUCAGCCCAUCCCUUCCCUCCCAAGUCCCUUGCUGUGAGCUAGCCUGAAAUGUAAAUAGGCUGGGAUCUGUUUCUCAUCCAUUUUGAAGCAGACGCAUCUAUAUAGAAUGUUCUCAUCUAUCCGACUUCAUGUGGAGGGCCUGAUCCUCGGAGAUGCCAAGAGCACUCCUCUCCCAUUGAAACCAGGAAGAGCUAUGGCUGCUAAAUAUCUUGCAGGAAGCAUCACUGGAUUGAGGUCCAUAAGGGAGAGAUGCUACCAAGAGCCCUACUAGCUCCAGUCACCUGUGGCAAAAUCCUUUGCUGUUUUCUUACCAAAAUGAAGUGGUGCAGUGCAUUGCAUGCAGACAGCACUUCCUGAUCCACUCUUACCACAUAGGAAGGUUGUCUAUCUGCAAGUCGUCUGUCAAGCAAACGAGUAAUUGUGCUUUUAACUAGAUUAGUCACCUGUAUGGGAGUUAUCAGGGUGGUAACCUAGGGAGAGGAUGGGCUCUGGAGAGUUGCAACAGAUACAAAAAAAUCAGAAGAUAACAUUAUCGGAUUUCAGAUUUGUUGGUUUCAAUGGACAACGACUUCGGUGCUAAGAUUUGAAUUUUAGGGGCCCUGUUUUUCCACUGGGGCCUCAUUUAAUCGCAACUGCAUGGAUUUGCUCAUGCAAAUAGACUAGCUGUGCUCAAGUAAAUAAAUACUGCAUAGAGGAGGCCUGCUGAAAAGAUGUGGCCCGUGUGAAGUUCUGUCCUGUAGCCAAGCAGCGUUUACAGCCCCUGAGGAGCCUUUAUAUCAUGAGGAAUAUAAUUCACUGACUGUUGAAUGUAUGUUUAGAACAAUUAUGAAACCAGUUGCUGGGUUAUUCCUUUAAAUCACCAGCUUUUCCAUAAUUGCAUCUUUUCCUAGAGAUGAUUUCCAGUUAAUCUGUGUGUAAAAUUACUGAUCGCUGUCCAGGCAGGCCUGCCUUCUUGGUCAUUGGUUGUGGCUUUGUGAUCAUCCUUGAGGGUUGUACAUGUUGGGAAUUUCCUUCCAGAUCUAUUGAUGGGGGGUGCUCUUUUUUAUCCCAUUUUCCUGUGCUGGUGCAGCUACCCACAUAAAGGCUGCACAUCCUCAUGGACUUGUUCGGUGACAGCUGCUUUUUCAACCUAUAGUGAAGAACUUUUUUCAGAAAGCAAAACCAUAGGUUCCUGAAUAGGUGGCAAUAUCCACAGAUAGCUCGAACUCCAUGUAGUCCGCAGACUUGCUGCUCAUAGGAGUUCUUUUGUCCUCCUAGUCCCCAGGCUUUUCAGGCAGCCUUCCCGAUAUCAUCGUAGUGCUUGGAGUUAGCUAAAGUGAGUUUCCCUGUCCAUCCCUGUUGCUUGAGAAGAUCUUCAGCGAUUAGUUGUCUUAGGCCAAAGGGGGCCGUGACUAAUGCCAUUUGCAAUUAAAUGACUGCCCACACCUACUUUUCAUUAAAAUUUCUCCUCCUGGGAACAACACAGAAUGUUUUGUGAUCUUUGGCCCUUGUGUGGCCUCCGUGACAGUGGGAAAAUGAUCCCCUUCUGGCUUAUUUCCUGAGGCCAGGAAAAAUAUUUCAGUGUUCAAAAGUACAUUUAAGUUCUUAUUGAGCAAGGACUAAGCACUAGUUGUAAGAUCAUACUCAUUCAGAGCAAUGUUUUUUAAUCAGUUAGUGUUUACCACCGUUAUAACAGAAAAAAGUAAUUUAUUAUUUAAUUAGAGGCAAUUAUGAUAGACAUGCAUUUCUUUCCCUACAACAUCAGAAUGUCAAACCCCAUGACAUUCUCAGCAAGAAUCUAGCCUGGGCCCUCAGGGGCUCAUAGCAGAGAGAAACUAAUUUUCUCCUUUUGUUCUCUCAUCCAAUUAAGACUAAAAAGAUUGGAUCCCUCUGUAUAUCUCUUGAAUUCCACUCUUGCUUCUUGAUAAAAUUAGGUGUGGAGGAGGACCUCAACCAAAGCAUUAGUGUUGCCUCUUCCUUGUCGCUGUGGCUUGACAACACCCUGAUUGGUACAAAAUAAAAUUUUUUAGAAAUCUAAAGUAAACAGCAUAACAAAACGGGGCUCCUGACAGAGCUCUUGGAUGUGAGAACAGCUGGCACUAAUUCCUUGCCUUCGUUGUGGCUUUUCUCUCACCUUUGUCAUGGCCUGCUAUAUUUUUACAGUACACAUACCUGGAGUAGUUAGGGUGACCAGAUGUCCUGAUUUUAUAGAGGCAGUCCAGAUUUUUGGAAAUCUUUCUUAUCUCGGCUCUUAUUACCCCCCAUCCCCUCUCCCGAUCUUUCACAUUUGCUGUCUGGUCACCCGAAGGGUAGUAAUCUUGUACUCAAAAGCUCUUGUUACUAUUAGGGUUGAGCAUUAAUGGUCGUGAAAUGACUAGCACCUUUAAGCAGUCAUCUGACAGAAUUGUGCCUUUGCUUUAAGAUUUCUUCUGGUUGCCAGCCAAAAGAGAUGCAAGUUCGCUGGGAGGAGGGAUGGGUUGGAGGACCAGGCAGGGCUGGGUUAUGAAAUUUAGUAAAUCCUGUGCUCUGUGGGUCUGCAGCCAAGUACAAAGAAAAAUCCCCACUUUUCAGCUCAGCUCAGGUCCUUUGGCUCAUGUAUUAGCAAGUUCAGGGCAAUAACUGGGAGGUCCUGUCUCAUCAACACUAUGCUGGUGAAGGAGCUAAUUUCCUAGUACUUUUGACUUAAAUAUAUCAUCCAGAUUGUGCUGCAGUUCCCUGGGAGCUGGAGCACUUUGCUGGUCUCAUUUCAAAAGGCAAUUUAGUGUAGGUUCUUGGUGGACUAGGGAACUGCAUGGUGAGAAAGCUGUGGGUUUUGUGGGUUAACCUCUGUGAUUGUGGAACUCCGGCUGCGUGGAGUAGCCUAUUUUGUGACUGAUUUUUUUUUUUUUUUGUCAAAGAUCCGCCAUCUCCGUGGGAGAGGGGGGGAGAAUGGAGUUCACUUUUGUGUUUAUAAAACUAGGUGGGCCUCUUACCCAGUUUUACAGUCGGUGGAUAAAGUACACAGGACUCCUGUGACUUGAUUAGAGGACACAGUGAGCCCAGGAUGCUCCUGAAUCCUCUAGUCCCAUGCUGUAACCACUAGUCAAUGUGAUUUUCCACUUUGCUGGGGGUGCUGUUAACCACCCCAUUAAGCAGGUGCUCGAUUCCUGCCCUGAGCUGACUGCUGUCAUCCACCUCCAAUCCAGAGUUCUUAAAUUCACCCUGCUGCUCCCACUCCAUGACCUGAACUACUUUCUUUUAAGCUUUUCUCCAGCAGGAGAUGUAGGAUAACGUUUCUGCAUUAAACCUACAUUUUCUAUUUACGAGACGCGGCACCAGGAGAACUCAGGAUAGGAGAGUCCUGAGGCAGGAUGGGUAGUUAUGUGAAGCGUUUCUUUUUUCCACCCAUAACCCAUUGUUUACCCAAAUGAGGUGUAAGGAACUCUCUAAGCCAACCCACCCACACAUGUGCGUUUCUUAGACAUUAGACACAAGCCUUAGACUCCUUUUGACAGUCUGGCCUAGCUUCAGACAAGAAACAUUUGAAAACCUACGUGUCCUUAGCGAGGACCGUGAACGUCAAACAUUCUGAGCUCUGUUCCGAAUCUGUUGGUAAGGAAGACAAGCUUUCAAGCUACACAGAGCUCUUUUUCAGGUCUGGGGUAUCUCUCACCGACAGAAGUUGGUCCUGUAAAAGAUAUUCCCUCACCCACCUUACCUCUCAUGGCCUGGGACCGACCCGGCUACAACGACAAAGGUUCGAUUAAGCAGGCCUAGCACUGGACUCACCUGGGAGAUUUGCUUAUUGGCAGGCUUACAGGCUAGACAUCAAUCCCCCUGAAACUUAAUCAUGUAGCAUUACCUAGUGCACCUUGGUUGCAGCCCCAGUUACGCGCGACACAAAUGAAGGGGUCCUUUAUUUUGCAUUAUGUCUGAUUGGUUAAAUUCCAGCCCAGCAGUAGAGGUAUAAGGUGCUUCUGUGUCAGAGACAGACUGAAUGUGCAGCGAGGUGUCAGCAGUGUUAGUCAGAGGUUUCAUUGAGGUUUGAAGCUCUGGUGGCUCUAAAUCCACAUUUCCAGUUGGGACCUUGAUGCCUUGGCUGUUUCUGGCUGCUGCUUUGGUGCCUUCUACUGGAAUCUGUCGCACUGUACAGGCUGAGGCCUUGGAAAGCCGACCCCGCAUCAUUUCUGCGUGUGGAAGGGCUACUUUGUUCAAUGUAACAGCUGGCACCGAUGCAUAGAAUUUCACUUUGAUUCUAGUCUCCUUAGUCAGGGCUGUGCCCUGGGCACUUCCGGUUUGGCACUUUCAUUCAGGUGUCUUGAUUUCCAGUUUUGGUGCUAUUUCUGAAACACAGGAGGGCUUCGCAUACCAGAAACCUUGAUUUCUCUAUCCUCACCCCCUUGCCUCAAGCACCCAGGUGGAAUGUUAUAGAGCAACAAGGAGAGGGGAUUUUGUUCAAACAGGGCAACAACCCCUCUCUUCCUCCUAAAGCCAGUCUCCAUCUGGGCAUUUUAUACCAUGCUCCUCACCUUUUUUUUUUAAUCUGAUCUUUGAGACACUUCUCCACUGACUUUAAAGGUGCUAAUGACUUGGAAGGGUCCAGAGACGCUGCCGUCUGUACCCCGUGGAAUCUAGCACAAACACAACCAUGGCACUGUAACAAGAAGCUGCCUUUGUUCAGCUGGGUUUGUCCCCCGUGAGCCCUUUUCUCCUGUUAAGCAUUGUGUGCUGUAUACUGCAGGACUGAAUCAUUAUCAUUGUGUUAAAAAGUCCCGUCCCGGGAGUGCUGUAGAGUUCUGGCUUGCCAUAGGUUAUGCAUUUGUUGUGCUGUAUUGCUUUUAUUUUGGGAGGGGGUGGGGGACACGGGAGAAGGCGUUGCGGAUGCUUUUGGGGUGGGGCAGAUUCCCAGUGCACCCUGUAUCCAUUAAUGGCCGCGGCUGCACAAAGCCAGCACCUUCUGUCUCGAAGGAGACUGUUAUAAUUGCAGAAAGGAGUUAAGGGAAGGGUAUGUUGUAGGUAGCCAUAGGUUGCCUUAGCUGUUUUCCACCUGAGGCAUGGGGAGGGGAGGAUGGUGCACUGGAAAUGGGAACUUAUCUCCCACCCAGCAUGGUCUGUUACAGAUGGUACCUGACCAAGAUAGGGGCUAGAUGCUUGUUAGCUUUUUCUCUGGAACUCCGGGUUGAUGCCAGUCGUGGAGCCGGUUUCCGUUGCGCUGAGGUUUCUCAUGCAGUCAGGCAGGGAGCCGCACUCUGACCCCAAACUCAGCCCUGGUCUGCACUACAGAUUUCAGUUGACACAAGGCAGCUUACGUUAACCUAACACAGCACCCGCCGAUGUAACUCACCCACUUCGCCACCUGAAUAACUCCACUUCUGUGAGCGGCGUAGCUCUUAGACCGGUGCAGCGUCCGUGGAGACAUUGUGUUGCUUCCAUUGGCUGUUGCCGCCUUGCAGAAGCCACCCCACAACACCCCACGUUGACAGUUAAAUCGGUGCAAUCGCUCCUGGGGAGGAUGCACACGGCUGGCACAAGCAGCGUAGUGUGGAUGUGCAAAAGCAGUGUAAUUACUGCGGUGGCUGUGAGGCGAAGUACCUUAGGACGACUUAAUUUUGUAGUGUAGACUUGCCCUUGGAAUCUUUCAAUCCUAGUGGAUUGGGAAAGGAAUCACUUAAUGAGUAAUGGGAAGUAACGGUCCCCCUGCCCCUCAGACUCCAGGACCUGUUCAUCACUCCCUCCCUGUCGGCCAUUGCGAGACCGCCACUUGCUGCUUCUGCCAUUUGCCACACAGCACUGAGCUGCCGAAGCAACUCCAUGAUACUUGACAGUCACAAGAAGCCUUCAUUUUUUGUUUGUUUGUUUUUUUAAAGGGCUGAGCCAGUUAACAGGUUCGCUGCAGUGGGGAAAAUCCACUUGUGGGUUAAAAUGGAGAUGUUAAUUUUUAACUUGUUGAGAGAUGGAGGCCACAAGUUUUUAUGGAUCUGGAAACCUGGAGGAUAUGGGUUUGGCCCACUGGAGAUCAGAGUGACCCAGAUCCCUCCAAGUUCUAGACUGCCCAGAGCCAGAAUUUUCAUUUGAGCCCAACUAACUGAGGGACCUCCAGCCUCUGAAAUAACAUGGUAGCGAUUUCACCUUUAAAUCUGUUCCACUAGCUCUGCUCUAAAAUUCAGUCAAUCUUAAAACGUUUCACAUAAAUGAGGCAGGCCCCACCCUGGCCUCUGCUCCCCUCUCUCUUCUGUUGCAGAUGAAAGGAGUGUUUUAGCCCAGGCCAAGGCUGCUCCAUUGCCUUGGAAGAGAUAGCAGGUUAUUUCUGAUUCCUCCAGUAGCCUUGAUUCUCAUUAGCAACGCCCGGGGCUUCAAGAGGACGGGUGUCGUGUGCAAGGCCUGCAAGACAGGUGACCUCUCCCUUCCGUCUCUGGGCUAGAGGCAUCACGAAAGGGACAGCCUUUGCCCACGGGUUCCUGCCAGUUGUCCUGGGUGCUCUGUGGGAGCAGGACGGCAGCUCUUUGACACACGGCCUUCCAGGUUGAACAAAGUCUUGCUCUCUCCCCCCACACCUCACAGCAGCCGCCCUAGGAACCAGGUCCUGGGAUUUGCCUUCCCCCAGCACAAAGAACCAGUCUUCAUUGCAUGGGACUGCAGUGGUGGAAGAAUCCACCUGACACCUGCCCUUCAACCAAUAGCUGGCUGUUUUAUAUGGAGAGCUUUUACGAUCAAUAAUGGAAGAAAAUUAAAAAAAACCACAAAAAUAAAUCCCUGAAAAGCUUAACCACAAGGGUGUAGUAUCUCUAUAAAAGACAAUACCUAUCUAUGAAUAUAUAUAGAAAUAUAUCGACAUAUAUCAACUUUCCUGAAUGGACGCGCAAUUCCUUAUGCAAUGAAAUUGUUUUUAGAUGUAUCCAAACCUGGACUCCCCAACCCUCCCUCCCUGCUACAGGUUUGUUGUACAAUUCUUGACUUGCUCUGCCUUUCGCAACAAAGCUCGCAGAGGUGCAGGCAGGUCGCACUAGCAAAUAAAAAAAAUGUUCUUCACCGAAGUGCUCCUGUGAGCAGGUCCUCACAAUUUAGCAUUAGCCUGUGCCAUGGAUUCCCGUUGACCUGUGUGUCCGCAGGGGCGGAGGAGAGUCGUGGCACAGCCCUGUGUUGUAUUUUGCUGUUUAAAAACAAAAUCCUGGCACUUAUCAAUUUGUUCCUUCAGCCACUGUUCUUACCAAACAUAUAAUGUGCCUUUUAUUUAUGCUGCAAAUAUAACAUUAAAAUAUUAACAAGGA